CCAAUCGACCACUGUACACUACUGUACAAACAUAACCUACACUGAACGGAACGGAACUUGGAUGUAAACAAAACCAAUCUGCUGCAUAGGACGAUGGUUUGUCUAUUUAGUUCAUCAGUAACGUUACUGAAGACUGGAUGAAAUGGAACCAGACUGACACGUUGUUAUUAAAGUCGACAUAAUGAAUGGAACAGGGAAAAUCCCAUAUUGUGAAAUGACUGCAGCAUAAAUUCAGGAUUCAUAAAGUGGAAAGAAUGGAGGGCACCAAUGAGGAACUCAAAAAGGAUCUCGCUGGGAAAGAUGCAUCAUCCUGGGAUGCUGAUGCCUGUGGACUUCUGUUUAGAGGUGUCGAUUGCUGCUUCAACUCCUGCACUUAUACCUCUGACCAUUACCAUUGCCAAGUUUGUGGAAUUAUCUCAACAGAGGCAGCUCAAGCUAUAGCCCAUGUCCGAUCAUCACCAGCUUGCAGGAAGGAUCCUACAGUUAAUUAUUCUUCCCCAACAGUCGGAAUGGGAGCGGAUCCUACAAACUCAUUAUAUAAUGCCAUCUAUAAUAGAUUUCCUGGUCAAAACUCUUUUUCUUCAUCUGGUUUUAGUGGAUACAGUCAACUGGAUUCAUUUCAAUGGCAUCCCUCUAUGUCAGACAAGGUUGCGAUAUGCAGUGCCCAAUUGAGCCCAUGCUGCAGUUCCAAUGGUGGCACUUUUGUGCCAGUGGAAAGUCAGCUUUGUUCACCAAUUAGUGACCUCUACUCUAAAGUUACACCGAUUAGAGAUCUUGUGAGCCUACCAGCCAAAAGUGCUGGGUCAGCGAUGGAUUCACAGGCUUGGUUUGCAGCUUAUAACACACCUCAAAUGCAGAAAGCUGCAUACAAGUAUCCUGACCAGAGCCCAGCACCACAAAUCAAUUACAUUUUGCUUGACCCAGCUGACCAAAAGAAUCAGGAUAUGGGAGAAUCCAAUACUAGUAUGACAUCAAAUUAUUGUGGGAAAUCUGAUCUCAGUGGAAAAGGACUUGAAUUGAAAGACUCUUACUGUGCUUAUUCUUCACAACAAAUACCAGGAAUAAUUUCAGAAGAUGCUCUUUUUUCUCUUCAACUUCAGGAAGAGAACUUUAAAGAAACAGAAGUGCCUCAAAUGCUUCUUGAAAACAGUGUUCAAGGCAAGACAUCAUCGCACGUAAAUACGGGUGCUGCUACUCGGGUUGAGACUAAUUUCACUCAGGAACAUUUCGACCAGUACAUGCCUAGCUGCAGUGCAUACACUCAUCCAGGAAAUCAGGAGAGUCAAGGAAGGCCAGCAGAGCUGAGCAAUCAGCUAUCAUCUGCUGCAAGUGAUAGUGAUGAAAGUGACAUAAUUGUCGAGGAUACAGGGGAUGACCUUGGAUCGCAAAUGACUGAGAGUGAGAUUUUUAUUGAAGAUAUAAAGUGUUCCUUGCUUCAAGGUGUUGUAAGUGAAGAAGAGAAUUCAAUUAACAGAUGUGCAGCUGCCAUCAGGAAUGAAGACAUAGCCGGUUUAGAUCAUUCCAUACCUCUGAAGGAAUCAAAAGAACCCAGCACUGUAGAAGACACAAAACUGCAGUCUGAGUCACAUCUAAAAAACUGCAUGACUCCUUACCAUACUAUCUUGAAGUGUGUAAUAUGUGGGAAAAGUGCCUCUGAUUCCAACUCAGGAAGUGUUUUUGUCCAAAUGAAUAACCAGAUGCCACUCACAACAAGUUCUCACACCCCAGUACUUACUAAACUUAAUGAGGUUGUAUCAAUUGAAGUUACUGACUUUCUGGAUGUAAAUGGGAAGUUAUUAUGUCAGAGCUGCUUUAAUUUGGUGGAUACAGUAGACACUCUUGAAAGCAAACUGGAAUCACUGAAGCAAGAUAUUGCAGCUUUGAUGAAAAGUGGGCCUAAACCUCAGGUAGUUGCCAAGUUACCAAUCAAUUUGAUGGAUCCAGAUGAGGGUUCAAUAAUGAAUAUUCACUCAAGAGUCAAAGAUCCCUCAGUUGCUGCUUGUGUUCAAGAGCUAUUUCAGGAUUCUAUUGUUGGAAACCCCAGUGUUGCAAGACCUGUGAGUCUUCAAGAGCAAUCAAAUCAACAGAAAACAAUGAACAACAACGAACAAAAAGAAUAUUUAUUACUUUCGGGGAGAGCCCUCUCCCUAGCGAACAGUAUCAACAAAGUGAGUCUAUCCUUGGGUCAACACCACGCAUCUCAACUAAUGCAUGGUGGAGAUAACACCACUCACACAAUUGGAAAUGAAGAAUCGACGAAGCCGUCAAAAAUUCCUUCUUUAUUGUAUCAAGUCUCAUCUGAUUCUUUAUCAACAAUGAAAGAUAGGGAGUCAAUUAAUUCACAGAUUGAGACAUACACUCUCAGUGAUGUGAAUGCCACCUUGGAGGGUUCAAAAGAAUUAAGUGAAUUUCAGCAGGUGGGUGGAACAGUUGAAGCUUAUGGGGGUGCAAGCUAUGGAGAAAAAAAUUUGCGGUCUUCAACAAAUUGCAAAGAAGACAUUUUUAGACAGUGUGACAAGGAUGAAGGUAGGAAAGGAAAACAACCAAAAGACAUUUUAGAGAAGGAGGAAAAUUGUUUGCCUCUCAACCUUCCAACUAAUGUUCGGCAAGCUGAGGAACAAAGCCCUCAUAGUUUAGAUUGCCUGAAUAAAAAUUGUCAUGAGAUCCUGAGAUCAGAUAAGAAGAUUCAAGAAAAUAUUCAAAGACAAAAAAAUAUAGAUCAACAGCUUAGCAUAGCCUGUGAUGUUUGUGAUAAUUUGUUUGUUUCAAUCCAACAUCUGAACAGUCAUUUGUCUUCUUAUUCACAAUCUGAUUCUUCUCUGUGUGAGCUCUGUGGGCAACUUAAUCACAACCAAGCACAGCUUGAUGAUCAUAUGUUUCUUGUACAUUUUAUUUAUCAAAAACACUGUGAAGUCUGUGCCAUAAAAUUUUCCCAUCCAUGUGUGUACCAAACACAUUUGAGAGACCAUUCUGGAGAGAAGUCAACUUCAUCUUCCCAAAAAGUUGUGAUGAGUAAUAAGAGAGGAGCUCAGGGAAAUUCCCGAUCUUACUCAUCCCCUUUUGUUUGUUAUAAAUGUAGCAAAACCUUCCAGCUCCGAAGUCACUUGGAACAUCACAUCAAAACCACCCACAUACUAAAAAAGGCAUUAUCAAAAUGUGAUCAAUGUGAUAGGACUUUUAUUAAACCCAGUGAUUUGGAGGCCCACAAAAGAAGUCAUUCAAAUGACAAGAAAUUUGAGUGCAAAUUUUGUGGGCGGCGGUACAAAAGUUUGGGUAAUUUAAAUCACCAUGCUAAAUCUCAUGAUACAAAAAAGCCUUUUACCUGUGAAGUUUGUUCUCAAGGAUUUACUCGGAAAGACUUUUAUGAAACUCACAUUAAUUCACAUAAAGAUAGUAAGCCUUACAAGUGUGACAAAUGUCAAAAGGGCUUCUUGAGCAAGUCUUAUCUUCAAGUUCAUUUGAAGUGGCAUCUGGACAAAAUAAAAAAAGUUACCUGUCCAAUUUGUAAGAAGACCUUCUCUCAAAGACUGAAUGUUCACAUGCGUAGUCACACUGGAGAAAGGCCACAUCCAUGUGAAAAAUGUCCCAAGAAGUUCAUAACUGGAAGCGCUCUUCGAAAGCACAUGAAAAGAAUUCAUCAGCCAAAUUUCUCAGAAGAUUGUGUGUAUUCUACAGCUGAUGGGUCUGAUGCUGAGCUUCCUGAAUUGGAUGAAUCAACUUCUCUGUCAUGUUCAGCUUAGCUUGAUCAGUGCCCUGUUAAAUCUUUGAAUCUAUAAUUAAUGUUUCUGUCUAUCCGUCCAUACAUAUGUGUUCUCAUAUUCUAGUCAUAUCCUAUUGAUUUCUUAUCAUGCAAUGUUUUUUACUCUCCCCACUGAAACAGUUCUGUGAUAUGUAACCCUUAAUGUUACCAAAAAUAAACUAAACAAUUA